GCGGCCUCCUUUGGGAAGUGUUUCCUGACUGACUUCAGUCCUGAUGCGUUCGUGUCGACCUGCAGAGAACUCAGAGUCCUGAACGCUGUCAGAGAGAGAGGAGUCGGACUGCCUCUCACACACACCCAAUUCAAACAGUUGACCCUACAGGUUCUCAUCGACAGGUUGGUGUAUCGGCAGUUCUAUCCGUUAGCGAUAGAGGUGUGUCGGUACCUGAAGAUCCCAGACUAUCAGGGAGUCAGCAGAGUCCUCAAACACUGGGCUUCCUGCAAGGUGCAGCAGAAGGACCUAUCAGACGAGGCCAUUGCCCGAGCAGUGUGUGUGAAGGUGGGAGACUCGCCUGGUGUUUCCUACUCGGACAUCGCCGCUAAAGCUUACGAAUGUGGACGCACCGAGCUCGCCAUCAAGCUGUUGGACUCUGAGGCUCGGUCCGGGGAGCAGGUCCCUCUGCUGCUGAAGAUGAAGAAGAGUCAGCUGGCGCUCAGCAAAGCUGUGGAGAGUGGAGACACAGACCUCGUGUACACCGUGGUGACGUAUCUGAAGAACGAGAUGAACAGAGGAGACUUCUUCAUGACUCUGAGGAACCAACCGGUCGCUCUCAGCCUCUACAGACAGUUCUGUAAGCUGCAGGAACAGGAAACUCUGAAGGACCUUUAUAACCAGGACGAUGAUCACCAGGAACUGGCCAAUUACUACGUUACAGCUAGUUACAGAGAAAAGAGGUUAGAUAGCCGUCUGUCUCUCCUGCAGUCUGCUGUGGAUGAAUACAACAAGGCCAAGAACGAGUUCUCUGCAAAGGCUACGGAGGAAGAGAUGCGUCUCCUACGUAUCCAACGCAAACUGGACGAAGAAAAGGGGGCGGGGCUUCUGGGACUGUCUCUGCAGGCGACCAUAGAGGCUCUGCUGGCGUUGGGACUCCACAAACAGGCGGAGCAGCUUUACCGAGACUUCAGAGUUCCUGACAAGAGGUUUUGGUGGCUGAAGCUGAAGUCUCUGGCGGAGAAAGAGGAGUGGGAGGAGUUAGAGAAGUUCUCAAAGAGCAAGAAGUCUCCCAUUGGCUACCUGGCGUUUGUCGAGGUCUGCAUGAAGAGCAACAACAAGCACGAAGCCAAGAAGUACGUUUCCAAGGUUACGCCGGAGCAGAGGGUCAAAGCCCACCUGGCCGUCGGAGACCUGGAGGGCGCUGCGGACGCCGCCAUCGAGCGUAAGAGCGACUCCGAGCUCGCCGCUGUCCUCGCCAAAUGCCCCGCCUCCGACCGCCAGCUGGUCGACCGGCUGAACCGCGCCGCCGCCACGGCUGCCAAAAAGUGAUCCCAUCCACAGAAACAGCAGAAGGUCCGCUGCCAGAAAGUGAUCCUUAGCCGAUGUAUAUAGUAAUCGUAUUGAGAUAUUAAUUGUUACUUUAAACAUGUUUUCUUCUUCAGUGGUUUCCCCCCCCCCUCCUCUGUGUGUAUCAGAACUGUAAACACUUCCUGUUGUUGCUGCUUCACAAUAAAAGCCUUUCAACAGAGAA